AUGGGCAAUUGCGCUGAGUCGCCGUCCACAGAGACGAAGGAGGUCGCGACAUCUGGAGUCUUUGCCGCUGAUGGUGAAGGCUCUGCGGCCGAGCCAUCUCCGAGCAUCUUCACGGUCAAGUUCGAGAAGGAUCCGUCCGACAAGCUCGGCCUCGACAUCAGCCAUUCCGUAGACAGGACUCACCUGAUGGUCAGGAGAGUCAAGGAUGGUCACUUUGAGAGGUGGAACAAGGCGAACCCCGACAAGAUGGUCGAGAGCGGCGACAUGUUGAUCGCAAUCGACGAUGUCAAGGGCAACUCCGUUAGGAUGCUUCAGUUCUUGAUGAGAGCCGCGAGUUCCGUAGAGUUCGUUUUUCAGAAGCCAGUGCCACCCUAG